AUGUAUCGCCGAUUUUGUCUUUUUCUUGACCUCAGCCGGCCCGGCGGCCGCUCGAUGACAGCGCUCGCUCGCUCGCUGCUGCUCUUCACCGCCCUCCUCUCGCCUUCCCUGGUCGUCGCAGCGGUUAGCGGCGUCGCGCCCUCCAAUCCUCCCUCCGCGUGCGUCGACGGCGGCGACGGCAAACUGAGGGUGCUCCUCAUCGCUCCCGCGUGGCCGUGGGGAUUUGGCGCCUACCAGAGCCAACUCUCGACGCUCGGCGCCGCCCUCGUCGACCUCGGUCACGCCGUGGUGUGGAACGCGGCGUUUCGGCCCGGAGUGCUCCCUGACCCGGACAGAGUCUACACCUUCUCCGAGGCGUCGCUGCUCGCAGCGGGCGGCGACGGCCGACUGCCGACGGAGAGCGCGCCGUCCGCCGCCACCGACGCCCGCUCGUCGCGGUUCGGCUUCAUCGACGUGCCGCUUCCCGAGGCGUACUGGGGCCGCGGCAACGGCGUCCUCGUCUCGGCCGUCGAUGCGGCGGCGAGACGACACGCCAUCGACGCCGUGCUGAGCGACGUGGACCGCACCCGGCCCUACUCCGUCUUUUGGUUCCCGUCGCACUUUGACGCGUUUGUCCCGCGCGCGCUCUCCGCUUUCGACGCCAUCGUUGCGCUGGCGCCGUCGGCAGAGCAGCUAGAAGCGGAAGGCGUACUCAUCGGUUCCCACUAG